AUAAACAAUACGAGGCGCCCUUCCUUCUGGCAAAGGGAGCUGCUCACCUGAAUUCUCUCAGCCUUUCCCAAUUGCUGGUGCUGUUGCUGUCGCUAUUGUUGUAGUUUGUUCUGCCACUCUUUUCAGAACAACACAACCGUCAUUCACUCGUUUCCUCCUCAUUCCCAGGAUCUCAUCCUCCAAUCCACUCUUUCAACCACUCCAUCCAACUUCCAGUCCCUCAUUGUGUUCCUGAAUGAUCAUCAUGACUCGCUAUCUCCUCUCCGCAAUCCUCGCCCUCUGCGCCUGCGCGCACUGGGUCCUCGCCGCCCUGACCCCCGACCAAAUCGCCAAUUCGCUGAACGAGCUGGCGCAGCAAGGCUUCGCCGCCAAGGAUCUGGUCUUGGAGAUUAAUUCCACCGCGGACGCUUCCCCGAUUCAGGACGUCUAUGCCGAAAUGAGCACCAUCGUCAUCGAGGUCCUCCAGAACGUCAACUUCAUGACCAAUACCCCCGUCAUCGCCGACCAGACCGCGCAGCAGUUGGUGUACGAAGGGUACUCCAAUUUCGUCCAAUCCCUCCUCGAACUCAUGGACGCCUUCUCGACCAGCGCGACCACGUUGAAGUCUCUGGAUGAGUCGACCAAGGAUCGCGUUCCGUCGAAUGUGCGCACGUUGGAAAGUGCUGUGGACGCCUACUUCUAUAACAUCAUCGGCCUCUUCCCCGCCAACAGCUCGUACAACGCCCAGGCCAACAACCAGAAGGCCCAGGUGGAUACCCAUUGCUUCCAGGCGAUCUGGGCCUUCGAUGCCACCGCGGCGAGUCAGACGGCCACGACGGCGCAGCAGGCGCGGAGCACCGGGCUGCUCGGCUUGCGCCGCCGCGGGGUGUACCGCGCUUAGUGGGAUGUGUCUUGCUGAGCGAUGGGUAGGGGAUGAGGGUGAGUAGGCGGGCAAACUCAGGCGUAUUUAACCCAAUACUUUUACGCCAUCCUUUGGGAUCUGGCUGGACGUGUUUCUUCUAUCUUGUCGAUAUAGCUAUGUAUAGCAUACUUUGGUAAUAAAAGGGGUGUUGACGUGACACGUCUUGGGUUAUCUGCCGGUCGGAUGUAGUAGAGUGGGCAUAUGCGUUGUGCCUGAGGUGGAACCGCAACCACGGGACGCGUUCCAG